UGACCGUAAUCAGCUGAUAAUUAAAUUAGAUUUUUAAUCUUCACUGAAAUACUAACAGCACAGUAAUGGAAGACUACUUAGAAGAAGACGAAAUCAAAAUAGAAUAUUAUGACGAUUUCGAAACGGAUCCUUUGUGUGAGAAAUCAGCCAAAAACUCCAUCGGGAGUAGCGACGCAGUGAAAAACAUUGUUUCAUCAAGUGCUGUACAGUGCGAGAAGCCGUUAAUCAAUGACGUACAUUAUGACUCCAUUGAUAAUUCGUCACCAGAAAUGACCAUUUGUGAACCUGAACAAGAAGACUUUGAAGUUUAUUUGAACGCUGAACCAACAAACCACAUCAAUUGGUACAGAGCUAUUGAUGACAUUGGCAAAUUUGUGUGCCGUUUCUGUGACCUGAUUUACUCAACCGUUCAAACAGUUCGCCACCAUGUCAAAACGAAACAUCCCGACGAAGCAAAUGCUUUAAGAAACAUAAUUAAAAAUAACAAAAGAAACCCCAAAAUUAAAUGCCACAUCUGUAAAAAAAGAUUCAAAACUGUGAACAAUCUAAAAGAGCAUAUCAAACAGGAUCACUCUGGAAAUAUACAAAAAUCUUGUCAAGUUUGCUUCGCAGCUUUUAAUAAUGAUCAAGAAAUGACGGAACAUCUAUUUCAAAAGCAUCAAAAACUAACCAACACCAAAGUAUAUUCCUGUCCUUUGUGUGGAUAUCAAACUCAAAAACUAUCACAUUACAAGCAGCACAGAAAUACGCAUUUAGCGAAUAAACAAAUGAAAUGUGAUUCUUGUGAUUAUGCAACUAAUUAUUUGCCAAAUUUGAAGAUACAUCAGAGAAUCCAUACAAAUUAUAAACCAUAUUUAUGCACAUUUUAUGACUGUGGUUAUCGCUGUAGUGCUAAGUCAGCGUUGAGGAGCCAUCAACUUAAGCAUAAUCCCGAUGAAAAUAUGCUGUAUUGUGACAAAUGUACUUAUAAAACGGUCUAUAAGAGCUCUUUAAAAAAGCAUAUUGAAAGCCAUAAGAGGAACGGCUUAAAAUGUGUGUAGAAGCUUGCAUGUAUACAGAAAAUGAUGGCUAUAUUUCUUAUUAC